AACAAUCAAAGUCUUUAGCAAAUUUAUUGCCAAAAAUCUUCCAGGACAAAUCCUAAGGCCACCACCGAAUGGAGCAAAAGAAUUUCUUGGUACAUCAGAAGCACCAUCAGAUUUAUUUAAAAAUCUAUCUGGAUUAAAAGAUUUGGGAUCAUUCCAGAAUUCAGG